GUGGGGGAGCCAUAGGCACCGAUUCCACAGGUGUUCCGGGGCUGGAGCAUCCACAGGGAAAAAUUAGUGGGUCCUCUGCACUCAUUGGCACCAGUCACCUAUUUACCGGGCCCCAUCAGCUGUUCAGCGGAGCUGUCAGGGGGGCAACCAGCAGGUUUUUCCAGACCGGGAAGCCGCCGCAGAUCAACUGUUUCCACUCUGAGCUGUUUAGCUGUUUUUUUUUCACCAGCCAAUCAGCAACGAAGACUCUCCUCCUGGGGCAGGGGCUGAGUGACCCCGCCACCACUGGGACCACCCCACCUCCUUCUCCUACCUGUUUCUUGCAGCUGAGCAGCUCCCAACCUCACUUCAACCUCUCACCCAACUAAAGGCAGUAGCAGCAGCAGCAGCUGGUGUCCCUCGCAUUGUCCUGCUGGAAGCUGUGAAGGCCCAUCCCGGCCAGCGAUGCUGAUCCUGAGCUGUCCCUCCAAGCUGCGGCUGCUGGAGGGGAUGCUACGGCGGGGCCUGCCUGACACGCUGCCGGUGACCAGGACUCGCCCAACCCACAGGGCCGAACCCUCCCACCCUCAGGCUGGGCAGAGAGCAGGGGAAAGUCCCUCGGAGUCCCCUGGGUGAUGGGGCACAGAUUGGGCUGGGGUGCAAUCCCCUGGGUCGGGGGUACAUGGAGGGCUGGCCCCUCCACCUGGUCAGGGGUAGCAGUUUGGGGGCCGGGCAGGCUCUCAUAGAUCCACAGGGGAUGUGCCGUACCCCAGCCUGUCACCAGGGCCCUGGGAGCGACCCCUGGAGUGGGCCGGGGCCCGAGGCUGCACACAGCUCACAGGGGCAGGCCCGUGACCUCCACCACUGGGCCUUUGACACCAGCCCUCCCAUCUCUCUCCGUGGCUCCCUGCAGCGAAUGCAGCCGAGCCAGACGCCCGCGAGAGGCUUGGACCGGGCCCCUGCGGUGGGUGUUGGCAGAGACUUUGUGUUGGAGGGUCUGUCACUCCAGCUUGGCUGGGCCCCAGCUGACUGCAAUGGACUCUGCUUUACCCCCAGUUCUCUCUGCUGACCUAAGGCUGCUCCGUGACUCAUAAACUGGCCUGGCUUGACAAUGCUGCCGAGUGUCACUGCAAACCCAGGCUGGGGUGUGGGAGCCCCCGAAGAGUGGCCAGGUCUCUCCAUGGGUCUGGCUCAGUGGGAGGCACCGGGCAGAGCUCACGGGGUGGAGCAGGAGGGCUGGAGCCCAGAGGCUCCAUCUCAGAGGCCCUGGCCUGCUCUGCAGGAAGAGUGGGGCCCCCUGGGGGGCUGGCACUUUGAGGGCUCCUCCAAGGGGCAGAGUAAAAGCUGGGGCCCAGCACCGAUCCUGGGGAACCGGGACAUCCCCGGACUCUGACCCCUGUGUCUUGGCAGGUCUACGGCGCUGUGAUGCAUGUGAACCGCGGGAACCCGGCUGGCCAGGAGGUGCUGGUGGAUUCAUGGCCAGAGUUCAAAAUGGUCCUCACCCGGCCACGCAGAGAAGUGGCGCGGGACCCAAGUGAUUAUUUCACCAACUUGUACACGGCCUUUUACCGGGACGAGGGCGCCUGCCGGGCCCUGCUGGGGAACAGCCACGCUGUGGACUGGGGCCAGGCCUUCCAGAUACAGGGGCUGCAGGACGGGGUAUAUGAGACCAUCAGGGACAUCGCCAGGGCCAGGGGGCUUGAGAUGGAGACGCAUCCGCACCGGCUACUACUGCACCCAGACCCGUCUGCCAUGCCCCAGUACCGGCCUGAGAAGGGGCUCAGGCUGGCCCCCGUGUCCCCUGCCCACGCCAUGCUGCUCAGAGACACCUGGACGUUUGGGGGGAACAGCUGGAGCCUGCGCUACCUGAGCUGCCUGAUCCGCCACUUCCCCAGCGCCUGUCUGCUGGACCCUGAGGGGACCCCCGUCUCCUGGUGCCUCACCGACCCGCUGGCUGCCCUGACACAUGGUUACACCCUCCCGGAGCAUCGUGGCCAGUGCCACUUCGGAUCCGUGGUGGGGACGCAGGCAGCACAGUUGCAUGCCCGCAGCUUCCCUGUUUACGGCUGGGUGCUGCCCCACAACGAGCCUUCGCUGCACGCCCUGCAACGCCUCGGCUUCCGCAUCCUGCCUGGGGUGUUCUACCUGCUGGUGGUGAGGCCUGGGUUCAACCAGUCCCAGCCAGCCAGUGCCCUGGACUCAGCCCAGGACCCUGCGCCCAGCUCUGGGGACGGACCAUGCACCCAAUAGCACAGGGAGAGGGGAGAGGCGGAGAAGGGGACACGGCCUAGGGCCAUGCGCCCAGCCCAGCUCUGGGGGACAGCCACGCUCUGCCAGCACGUAGCCCUGGGGGAGGGGAGGAGACGGGGACAUGGCCCAGCCCUGCCCAGGGACCAGCCACCCCCGAGAAGGGGACACACUGACCAGGCACCAGGGGAGCUCAGCUGUCAGCCCUUGGGAAGCCGGGACCUGGUGGAGGAGAGUAGCUCAUGCUCCAUUAUCCCCUGGAGCAGGGCAGAGGCUCAGCAGGGGGCGCUCUCCCCUGGCAGUCAGUGCCAGCCCCAAAGAGACCAGAGUGAGGGCUCAGCAGGGGGUCCUCUCCCACUCCCUUCCUCAAGCAGUUUGAGAAUAGCGUAGCUGAAGUCGACAUAUCUUAGAUUGAAUUAAAAUUCCUUACUUUGUUCAGCAGUGGACAGGAGAGCGAUCUGGGAUUGAUUUAUCGCGUCUACACUACCUGAGAUAAAGCGAACCCCCGAUAGUGUAGACGUACCGAAAGAGAAUUUUCUGUAAUAGUUUUGAUGCCGGUGUGCCUCAGUUUCCUUCUGUACUUUGCAUGUCUGCCCAGUGGGUGCCAAAGGGUUAAAAAGCUGCUCCUGGGGCAGAGCAGGGACAGGAGGGGGGUGUCACAUGGCUGGGGGGCAGGACCUGGGCGUUCAGGAUCAAAACCAGACCAACGGAGGCUCCACAAAGAAGAAGAGUUGGGUUUUGAUGGGACUCAGGAGCUCCCAGCUGGGACUGAAAGAGAUGGAGACAGGAUCCAGUUUUGGCUCUUCAGCAGCUCGGCUGGGUAGGGCCCUGGCCUGUGUCUUCACCUUCACUUCUCUCUGCGGCCCCAGGGACCUCCCAGGCCGGGUUCCCGGGGACCAAUAAACCGUGUGCUGUGUGGAAAAGGCUUUGGGAUGUCACUGCAAACACUGGCUGGGGGACACUGGUCCCCACAGAGCAGCCAGGUCUCUCCAGGAGUCUGGCUCAGUGCGACGUGCCGGGCAGAGCUCGUGGGGUGAAGCAGGAGGGCCGGAGCCAUGUGCUUGGGCCUGGAGGAAGAGAGAGUCCCUUUGCGGGGCUGGCACGUCACAGGGUUCCUCCAAGGACUGGUUUAAAAGCUGGGGCGUAGCACUGAUCCUGGGGAGCCACGACAGGGAGCAGCGCUGUGGGUCCCAGCCGGGGGCACCAGGCCAGUGUGGGGUGUCUCCUUCACAGCCAGAACCAACAGCAGAGAAGGGCGGGCACAUCUGCCAGCAGAUGUGGGGUAGAGGCAGCCCUGCCCCCAGCCAGGGAGCAGCCCCACCAGGGCACAAUGCACCUCCCCCCACCCCCCCAG